AUGGACCUCAGCUGUUUUUCUCCUGAGCAGCUGAUGGUGCGCGAGUCGAUCAACAAGAUCUGUUCUGCUUUCCCAGAUGAAUACUGGGCCGAACAUGAUCGGACGGAGGAGUACCCGCACGAGCUCCAUGCGGCCCUGUCAAAAGACGGCUGGAUAGGCAUUGCCUUGCCGGAGGAUCUGGGUGGUGCUGGCCUGGGCAUAUCGGAGGCCACCAUGAUGCUGCAGACGAUUUCCCAGAGCGGAGCAGGGCUUGCUGGUGCUCAGUCGAUCCAUGCAAAUGUUUAUGCUACACAGCCGGUUGCAAAGUUCGCCUCCGAAGAGCAGCGGAAGAGGAUGCUACCUCGACUGAUUGCCGGAGAAUGGAGGGCCUGCUUUGGAGUAACCGAGCCGAACACAGGUCUGGAGACACUGAAGCUUCGGACGGUUGCUGUGAAAGAUGGGGACUCGUACCGGGUCUCCGGCCAGAAGAUGCAAUAUAGUUGGAUCUCAUCGGCGCAGGUUGCCCAGAAGAUGAUUCUUCUGGCUCGAACAACGCCGAUUGAAGAAGUAAAGAAACCGUCAGAGGGCCUCUCACUUUUCUUCAUCGACUUCGACAAGUCGGCCGCCGGCCUAGACCUACGGAAGAUUAAGAAGAUGGGCGGCCGAAGCGUGGAUGCCAACGAAGUCUUCUUCGAUGACUACAGAAUACCAGCAGACAGUUUGAUUGGUGAAGAGGGCGAAGGGUUCAAGAUCGUCCUUCAUGGGAUGAACGCAGAGAGAUGCUUGCUUGCCGGCGAAGCACUCGGCCUGGGAUACGUUGCCCUGGAGAAGGCAGCCAAAUAUGCCCAAGAGCGAGUCGUCUUUGGCCGUCCCAUCGGCCAGAACCAGGGCAUUGCUCAUCCUCUCGCUGCGGCAUACAUGAAUCUUGAGGCCGCAAAACUGGCAACGUACCAUGCCACCAGGCUCUACGAUGAGAGCAGAAACGGUGCAUCCAUCACACAGCAGUCUGUCGGCGUAGCCUGCAACUCAGCCAAGUAUCUCGCCGCCGAAGCCGCCUUUGCUGCCUGCGAGAGAGCAGUCCUCACUCUUGGAGGAAUGGGAUACGCCCAGGAGUAUCAUGUCGAACGGUAUCUGCGAGAGUGUUUCGUCCCCCGAAUCGCACCUGUCAGCCGUGAGAUGAUCAUGAAUUUCAUCAGCGAAAAGGCCCUUGGGCUCCCUCGAAGCUAUUAG